CCUGUGACGAGAUCCAUCACUGAGCAUCUCUGGAUCCAUCGAUCUUUUCAUGUUUGUGAGUGUUAAGACAUGGUGCUACCUGAAAAGAACUCAAAACCAUCUGCCACCAAGGACCCGAGGCCGUCAGCCCUGCAUCAUCAGAGCCUCCCCUCCCCGGCCUUGUGCUGCGCCUGCGGCCUGUGCAUCAUGUUGGCUGGCAUUAACAUCACUCUGGUGGGAGCCUUUGCUUUUGGCACCCUCAUCCCCACCGAUAACCCCCCCAUUAUCAUCGGGCCUCUGCUUUUACUAAUAGCUCUGGCCUUCUUUACAGCCUGCUGCGUGGUCAGCAGGAGGCCCCCGGCCCACAUCGCCCGCAAAGCUAAAGGGGGUGAGAAGUGGGGUUUGAUGCGGAUGGGGACUGCGGCGUUUGAGAUGGAGACAAGUGAGCACACGCUGCAGGACACUACAGCCAUCCAGCUCAGCCCCACCAACUCCCCUACAUCCUCUCAUAAGUCCAGCUCCAGUCACGGCAACAACGCCCCGCCUGGAUGUCAGGAUGACGUAGGUGAGCAGCACAUGUCAGACCAGUCCAACAUGAGUGUAACAGGAGAAAACCACACUGAUGCUAAAGAGAGCUCUCCUACUCACAUCUUACCAGCUCAGAAGAUGCCAUCGAUGUAGCAUGGACUUCAACUGACAGCCUUACAGUCUGGAUGUUUCACUGUUUACACACAUAAAAAAACACUGUGAG